AUGGAUUCCAAAGAACAAACUCCCAGUGUUAUAGAAAAUGGAGGCAAACCAAUGCCAACCAUCACUCAAAUCGCCCGUCCAUUCUUUACCAAUUCCGAAAUAUCAUAUAUGCAUAGUCUAACUAUUGAUGAAUCCAAAAAACUUCAAUAUAAUCAAACAAAGCAUCAGAUUUUCCAAUUAUUAUUUCAAGUUAUUAAACAAUUGAAAUUCCCCUUAAGAGUAUUGGCUACUGCUAUGAGUUAUUAUCAACGAUAUUAUCUUUUUAAUAAAUUUGAAAUGCCUAAUAAUGGAGAAGAUUUUGAAAGAGAUCCUUAUAUUGUUGCUAUUACUAGUUUAUUUUUGGCUAGUAAGAAUGAAGAUUGUAUUAAGAAAUUAAAAGAUAUUCAGAAUGUUGUUAAUAAGAUACGAGAUAUUGAUGAGGGUAAACUUAUAAUGAAUGGAAGUGGUAGUAGUAAUAGUACCAGUAGUAGUGGUGGUGGUGGAGGGGGAGGAGGUAGUAGUGGGAAUAAUGAACCAGUACCCUUAUUUGAAGUACAGAGGAAGUUUAUACUAUCCACUGAAUUUAAAUUAUUACAAUUGAUUAAAUUUGAUUUUAGUAAUGGAUCUAAUCAUUUAUCAAUAAAGACAAGUGUUGAUAAUUUAUUAACUCAAUUUUGUAAACAGUUGGAUAUAAAUUAUAGAAUGUCAAUAUUAGCUUGGUUUAUUAGUUUUGACAUUAUGUCAACCCCAUUAUGCUUGGUGAUUCCACCACAUUGUAUUUCACUUGCGAUUAUUAUAAUUACAUUGAAUUUAAAACCACAAGAAAUCAAAUUAUCCCAUCAUGAAUUAGGUGAAGAAGAUGAUGAUACAAGAUUAUCAGAGAUUUUAGAUUCAAUAGAUAGUGAGAAAGAUUUUAAAUGUCCUGAAGUAUUAGUUAAUGAAGGAAUUAUUUAUAUUCUUGAUUAUUAUAUUCAUCAAUACAGUCAUUCUAUUUUAAAUAAUUAUUUACCACCGAUUGAUAAACAGAUUGGAAAGGAGCAAAUAUUCAAAUUUAUGGAAUUAAAGGAGAAAUUUAAUGAUUUAAAGAUUUUAAAUGAAACAAGUUGUACAGGAACAUUAAACCGUACAGAUGAUUACUUGUUGAGAUGGGAUUUUAGUAUUUCUUCAAAGGGGGCAGCAAGAUUCAUGUUGAGUAAUAAAAGAAGAAGAUUCAACAAAGAAUUAGAAAUCCAUCAAGAUGCUUAG